AUGUCUUACAGAAACACAGAUUUAGCCAAUCCUCAAGACCAAGUUUACCCUCCUCAGCAACAGACUCGAUCGAGUCAACCUCCUCAACAAGGAUAUGGUCAGAAAAACAACUAUCAAGGACGUCAAGGGACUUUCCCUGGACAUCAAAUGCAUAUACCACCUGACUUUCCUAACCAACCACCCCAACCUGCGCCUAACCAAGAGCAUGAGCUAAAGGCCAUGUUGAAACAGUUGCUCCAAGGCCAAGUGGAUGGAGUUGUGGAAAUAAGCAAGAAGUUGGCUGAUAUCAACUCCAAGAUAGAGUCCUUGAACACUAGAGUUUACAGCUUGGAAAACCAUGCUGCUUCUUCUGAUGCUGCAAAACAAGGACAACUACCUGGAAAAGCUGUUCAGAACCCUAAGGAGCAUCACAAAGUGAUUUUCACUCAAGAAGAACGACUUGAUGAACAAGCUGAUAAUGAGAGAGCCAUUGAGGAGUUAUGUAUGCUGCUCACCAAUGAAGACAAUGUUAUUGCUGAUGCUCUUGGAGUCCAGUAUGUUCUACCUGAAGUGCAAGCUACUCAAAUAGCCAUUCACAAGAUCAGGUUUACCCUCAACAACAACAAGUUCGAUCGAGUCAAGCUCCUCAACAUGGGUAUGGUCCGAAAAACAACUACCAAGGCCCUCAAGGGACUUUUCCUGUUGCUACAAGGCCAAGCGGAUGGUGUUGUAGAGACAAGCAAGAAACUAGCUGAAAUUAACUCCAAGAUUGAGAACCUGAACAGAAGCGUGUACUCUCUGGAAAACCAUGCUUCUUCUACUGCUGCUGCUGCAAAGCAAGAACAACUACCUGGUAAAGCUAUUCAGAAUCCUAAGGAACAGUGCAAAGUCAUCUUCACUCACCAAGAAGGGCUUGAAGAAGAAGAGGAUAAUGAAAGAGUCAUGGAAGAGUUAUGUAUGCUGCUUAAUGACGAAGACAAUGUUGUUGCUGAGGCUCUUGGAGUCCAGAAUGAUCAACCUGAAGUGCAAGCUACUCCCAUAGACAUUCACACUUCACCAGUUGAGCUCGCACAACAAGCUCGAUCGGCAGCUCGAUCGAGUCGAGUUCUACCUCGAUCGAGUCAGGCACCAUCAGUUUUGAAGCCCAUUUUGCUUGAUCCUUACCAGCCAUUUGAUCCAUCCUCAGGCCGCCUACUCAGUCAAGGCCAUAAGGAAGUGAUUCACAAGUUCAGAAGAGACCUUAGUGAGAUUGGAGUUGAGUUGCCUACUAUGAAAAGCAUGAGUGAGGCAUUUCAGGAAAUGCAAUUGAUUCAAGAUGUUUUGGAUAACAAGAACAGAGUUUCACACCUCCUGGAUAUUUCUACCCUUCAAACCAACCUCCUCACCUCACCUACUUUCUUACCAAAGGUGAUGAAUCAAGGGAAAUUCACUCUCCCUUGCACACUUGGCCAUCUUGAGCUUGACAAUGCCGUAGUCGGUUCUGGUGCAAGUAUAAACCUCAUCUCUCUCACAAUGGUAGAGAAUCUUGGCAUUGUUGGAAGCAUUGCAGCGCCCUACUACUUUAAUCAUGUUUGGAGAUGCAAAUUCUAA